AUGCGAUCUAUGGCUCUAAUCGUCCAGCUAUGCUGGCUGAUUGCUCUUCUGAUGGAGUCUACCGAGGCUCAACUACAGGAACGAGCAAUCUCGAGCAAUGGAAUGACUGAAAUACCCAACCUCAAGUACGGUCUCUUCGUCCACUUAGUACCGGGCCACACAGUGAACCACACAGGCGUUGUAGUUGACGACGCGAAUGUUCUCGCGAAUAGCUUUGACGCAAAUCAGUUCGCCAACGAUAUUGCAGUCGCAGAUGUGCAGUACGUCGUUUUUACUGCAUGGCACUCAAAGAUGGUAGCCCUGUGGCCGAGCGAGAAGAUGCUGGAAUGGGAACUGCCAGACCAUCGCGUUGAUCGUGACCUCGUUGGUGACAUGAUUGCCGCUGUGGGAAACAAAGGCAUUCGUAUUUACCUCUACACCCACCCGCGGGACGGUUUCGAGUUCACCAAUGCGGAUCGGAAGAAGACCGGCUGGGGKAUUGACCCUCCUUCGAAUGGCGAAACCUACAUCUACGGAGAACUGAUGCAGCGCUAUGGUCAACAGAUUGAUGGCCUCUUCAUGGACGAGGGCAGCCCUCAAGGUGACAGUGAAACAGUGGUCGAUUACCCGCAGCUCAGGACUAUAAUCAAAAAUAUCAACCCAAACGCCGAGCUCAUCCAGAAUGACUAUGGCAACCUGUACGGCUUGGACAUGGGAAUGAAGGAGUACGGAGGUUGGGGCGAGUUUGCACAGCCAAACGAGAGCCUUUGGCCUAGCUAUGCUGAGCCUGUGGCCGCCAUCUUUACCGAUCAGUGGUGGGCGGAUAACACGACUAGUACUAUCCGCUACUCUGCCGGGAGCAUGCUCCGUUAUACAGCAUUCCAGGCCGCCACGAAUAGCGCAGGCGGCGGCAUUGCCUGGGCCACCGGGCCCUAUGCUGAUGGUGGCUGGGAACCCGGCGUCAUGGCCACAUUUCAGCAGAUUGGCUCAUGGAUGUCUGGCAUCCAGGAGUCCAUUUUCGACACGCGGCCCAGCACCUCCUACCCAACCAAGCCUGGCACUAUCAUCGCUGAUGUCUCCUGGGGAUCGGCGACCAAAUCUGCUGACGACUCAUUUGAGUACAUCCACGUGCUCAAACCGCCAGCUGGGCUGACACUCACGCUUCCGGCGCCUCGAGACGGCAAGAUAUUUUCAACUGCCUCACGGCUGCCAGACAGCACGCCGGUUGUCCUCAGUCAGGAUAUCGAGGGGGUUACGCUCACGAUUACUGGCUCGUGGAAUGCCAACCUCACUGUGAUUAGACUGACCGUCCUAAGCCGCUCCGGUCCCGUUCCUCUCUACCGUUGUGCCAAUGGCAUCCAUCACAUAGACACCACAGACCCAGGGUGCGAAGCCGCCGGCUACUCUCUGGACGGUCCGCUUGGCUACGUUUUUGCCAUUCAGCUUGUAGGUACUGUUCCUCUCUACCGUUGCUACAGUGCUAGCCGUGGUGACCAUUUGGAUACGACCGACUCUAGCUGUGAGACCUCAAGCUACGUGCUGGACGGCCUCCUCGGCUACAUCUAUAAAGCCCAAAUACAGAACACUGUUCCGCUCUACCGCUGCUAUAGCGCGAGCAGAGAAGACCAUAUGGACACAACCGACGCUAGUUGUGAGUCCUCUAGCUACUACAUGGACGGUAUUCUUGGCUAUGUAGUAGUAUGA